AGAGACUGACAGAUUGAUUAUCUGUCGUCUUGUUGAUUUCUGUUUGAGGUUAUAAAAAUGUGAGAUCUUGAAAACGUAAAUAAAUAUUGGAUUGACUUUUUAUACAGCAUCGUCUGAAAUCUUAGAAUCAUGUUGUACGACGAUUUUAAACCUAUAGUUGAUCUGGUAUUGAACAAUUGGACAGCCUUGCAACUUGCUGUUGAACAUGGAAUGGGUGCACCAGGAGGUGAAAAGACUGCACAGUUGAUGUCAGUGUACAUAGCUCGAUAUUGCGUAGAAAACAUAACAGACGCGGAUGAGCUUGCAGAAGUUAUUGAGGAUCUCAUGGAUGAAGAGUUUGACACAGUCUGUCACGAUAAUUCGCCAAAAGAAAUAGCGAUAGUUCUUCUAUUGUAUCUUGGCCUUUUGAAGGAAGGUAGACAUGACGAAAUCCGAGCUAGACUAGCAGCCAUGCCGAAAUGCCAAAAGUGGCUCAGCCAGCCUAUACACGAAUCUGUACCUCCUCAGUGCCAUGGCAACCCAGAUGAUGACACUACAAGCAGUAGUGAUGAAGAGGAAGCUCUAGAUGAACCAAAUGGAGUAGCUUCAUCAUCUCACCAGAGUCAAGAACCAGAACCAAUGGAAGAAGACGUAGAGCCCGGCUGGACAGUAGUCCGAACACGGAGGAAGAAAUAAGUAUAAAUGUUAUUGUAGAUUUUAACAAAAGCGGCAUGAAUAUGGCCCAUUGUAGUUCAAAAUAACUUCAUGUUACAUUGAUCUAUAUUUUUUCAUUGUGAGAAAAUUUUUACCCGUCAUAAAAGGGUUGUCAUCAUAUUUUUGUAUUUAAUAAGAGUAGGUAUUAAAACUUUAUGAAACUUGUGGCCUCAUUUGCCCAUACAAAGUACAUCGCAAUGUAUUUAUACAUUUUAAAUAUCCAUUCUAUAUGCACUGUUUAAAAUCUCAGCUAAUAUUUGUAAAUGUGAAAACGAGAACCUUUUACGAUUUUUACUUUUUAUUAUUAACAAUUUGAGUGAGUUAUGGAAAUGACGUACGUUCUUCAUUGGAAAUGUUGCAGAGACACUUAGAAAGGUAUCUAAAGACAGGGUAAAGGACAACUUAUCUUGAAGGACGCAAUACCGCAAGCUUUUUUAAAUAGGUAUCCCUAAAAUAAAUUCCUUCCUGCAUUGCAGAGUUGUGUCUAACUUCAUAAAUCAAUUUAAAAAAUACUGGCUGGCAAGAAAUUAAAUAUAAAAAAAUAAUAUUGUGUUUUUUGUUGAUCUAUGUUCGAGUUCGUUAGCUGUUUUAUGCAUGGAAUUAGUAGGUACCUACCUACCUACUAAUUCCAUGGUUUUAUGAUCGAAAUGUCAAAAAAAAUUAAUUUGUAGUAGACCUGCGUUGCGUGUGAUAUGACUUGCAAAAUACAAUGAGUGUAUUCGUUAACUUAUAAACUAUUUUAUCAAAUAAAUAUUGAAUGUUACUUCCA